AUGAUCACUGUUGAGGAUCGACUUCAUAUAUCAGAUCAGAAUUCAGUUGAAUCACUCUUCAGUCAUCAACUAAAUUGCAAAAUGUCUAAAGCCACCAAAAAGAAGUCAUCUAAAAAACGUGCUGGAUCCGAAGCUACUGCUUUUGACCAAAAAACCAUCCAAGAAUUCAAAGAAGCCUUUGGAAUUAUGGAUCAAAAUAAGGAUGGUGUUAUUUGCAAGAAUGACCUUAAAGAUUUAUAUGCUUCUAUGGGACAAAUUGCUUCUGAAAAACAAAUUGAAGACAUGAUCAAAGAGGCUCCAGGACCAAUCAAUUUCACUGUUUUCCUUACACUUUUCGGAGAACGUCUUACCGGAACAGAUCCAGAACAAACUAUUGUUGGAGCUUUUGCUAUGUUUGAUAAGAAAGAAAGCGGAAAAAUCACUGAAGAGGAAUUAGUUAAGAUCCUUAAAAACAAAAGAGGAGAACCAUUAGAUGAGGAUGAAAUUAAAGCUAUGUACAAAGGAAACCCACCAAUUGAAGGAGGUAUGGUUGACUACAAAGCUUUUGCUCACCUUAUCACCACUGGUGCUCAAGACGAAUUAGCUAGUGCUUAA